UUUUGUUUGAUAGAAAGUGCUGAAGAGAUAUGGGAGUUAUGAAGAAUCAUCAUGUGGGUGAUCUAAUUGUUGGAUUUCUAAGUCUUUUUGUCCUUUGCUGCAUGGCUGACGAUCACUACUACGAUUUUUAUGUGACGGAGAAGAAUAUUACAAAUCCGUGUGCCAGCAAGAAUUUCACUCUUGUUGUAGAGCGCGUCCCUGGCCAAACAAUUCAUGUCCACAGAGGCGAUACGGCAUUUAUUAAUGUCCACAAUGAAGGCACAUACGGUGUCAGUAUUCAUUGGCAUGGAGUGAAGCAACCAAGAAAUCCAUGGUCAGAUGGUCCCGCGUACGUAACACAAUGUCCGAUAAAACCAGGAAAAAACUUCACAUACGAGGUCAUAUUUUCAGAUGAAGAAGGAACACUUUGGUGGCAUGCUCAUAGCGACUUGAGUCGUGCCACAGUCCAUGGAGCUAUUGCUGUUCUUCCUCCCAAAGAUACCCCUUUUCCGUUUGAUCCCCAGCCUUACGAGGAACAUGUCAUUGUACUAGGGGAAUGGUUUAGCGGAAACGUGACGGAAUUUGUUGAUACCGAAGAAAAGAGACACACUAAGCCAAGCCUAUCGGAUGCUUACACAAUCAAUGGCUUAUUUAAUUGCACAGCUGAAGAGGGGUAUAGGCUUCUGGUUGAGCGUGGGAGGACAUAUCUUCUCCGUAUUGUGGGUGCAGCGAUGGAUGAUGAAAUGUUCUUUGCAGUUGCACAUCAUAAUCUUACAGUUGUUGGACAAGAUGGUUCAUAUGUAAAGCCCAUAACAACCACUUACAUCAUGAUAACCCCUGGACAAACCUUUGACAUCUUGCUCACAGCAGACCAACGUCCCAGUUACUAUUACAUGGCAGUUGGUCCUUAUGACGACGGAGAUGCACCGCGUAAUAGUAGCAUCGCUACCGCAAUUCUCCAGUACCGUGGCAGUUGUCGCCCACCUGUUAUUCCCUAUCCAAACCAGCUUCCUGGAGUCGCCGAUACUGGGAGUGCAAAGAACUUCACAGAUCAAAUCAAGUCCAGGGAUUCGGUUAAUCUCCCUGAAAAACCUGAUGAAAAAAUCUUCAUUGCGGUUACUGUUAGUCGGUUAAGAUGUGGUGAAGAUAUUACAUGUGAUGAAAAUGGUACUGAAGCUGUUUACCAUGCAAGUUUAAACAACAUAAGUUUCGUGGACCCAAAGAUUGAUAUUUUGCAGGCAUACCACAGGAGCAUGUCCAACAUUUAUGAAACCGACUUUCCCGCUCAACCUCCAACAACUUUAAACUUUACCGGAGACGAUUCAGUGAAAUUCAAGUUUCCGAUAUUAGGGACGAAUAUAUCGAUGAUAGAGUACAAUCAAAGCGUCGAGAUAGUUUUCCAAGGGACCAAUGCAGGGGCAGAGAACCAUCCAAUGCAUCUUCAUGGUUAUAGCUUCUACUUGGUUGCGACGGGUGAUGGGAAUUUUAACGAAACAGAAUACAAAAACAAUCUCAAUCUGAUUGAUCCACCGAAUCUGAACACCGUCGGUGUACCUAGAAAUGGUUGGGUAGCCAUUAGAUUCGUUGCUAAUAAUCCCGGGGUAUGGUUCAUGCACUGUCAUUUGGAGAGGCACGCUCUGUGGGGAAUGGACACUGUCCUCAUCGUGAAAAAUGGGAUAACUGAGAAUCAAAGCAUCCGGGAACCUCCAAAUGGCUUGCCCGAGUGUUCCUCGUACUAUACUACUUCUUCAAGUACUACCGGAAACAUGCAUCCACAUGAUGCAAGUAUGGAUGCUCAAACCUAGCUCGCAUGACUCUUAAUUAGAAUGGAAAUUCAUGACUUGAUGAUGAUCAGACGUUUUG